AUGAGCGGCGAGCGACAAUUGUUUCGUGAUCUUGGUGACCAGACUGGUAUCGUUUCUGUCACGUCUGGUGGUGAGAUUGAUGCCUACCGCAACAUACAAGAGACUGGCGCUUACGCAGGUCAAGUUCACGAUGUCUCCUUGUAUCACGUCGCCCAAGCCCUCCUAUUCCUUUUUAUCAUAACAGCCACCAUGUCAGUUCAAUGUCUACCAACGAGAACAACAACACCGUCGCUCCCUACCGCUGGUGGUGGCUACGUCGGCAUCACUCGAGAAGGUGCUGAGCUCGACCAACUUGCGCGCUCCAUGAUCGAGGCAAGCCCACGCUUUGCGCAUAUCAUGCUCUCUCUUCACGACUGA